AUGAAAACCCAGCUAUCUAUUGCGAACCAUGGAGAUGCACUCCUGCUACCCAAGAACGAAGAUGAAGCCGUGAAUGGUAAGGAUCACUCCGAGACAGAGAGUUGCUCGUCUGCCGCAGAAGACAUGAGCGAAUGUGAUGGAGAGCACGGGAACGAAGCUGAUGAUGAUGAUUACAGUUUCUAUUCGACCGAUAGUGAUGAGUCGUCUCUAGGAGAGGAGAUCCGACGCGCUGAAGCUGCGGGAACGUUCUCCAUGGAGCGAGUGACGCUGAUGGAAGAACAGCGUCGCAGUCGCUCGCUGCCCAAUGUGAUGGCAAUGAUGGUUGGCCCGUCUGACAACACCAAUGAUGGCACUGUGACCAGCCCGGAACAACAGCAAGCGUUGACUGCCUUUAUGGCCCGCAUGAAUUCCUCCGCUUCGUACUUUCAAGACCCUCGUGCACAGCCAAGACAGAAUGCUAAUACUAAUCCAAGGCCAUCCGGUACUGCGGUCCGUGCUAGCAAAAGUUCUGGCGCCCUUCAAGACUUGGUCAAGAAUACCACAAGCAAGGACCGCAUGAGCCCCCACGUUCGCCUCCAAGAAAUCUUGAAACACAAUCGCAAGCCCCAAGACGAUGAUGAUGCCAUGUGGGAUUCCUACUUUUUGCCCAUCGACGAUGCACGCGUCAAUGCCUACACUCCUCCCGUGGUGGCGGCCAUGCGUGGACAAGAUCUUGCCAAGCUACGUCAAACCGUAGAAGAACAAGGGCCAGCUUCGAUGGAAGCUUGCAACCGGCAGGGAGAGACCUUGCUCCAUCUGGCCUGCCGAAGACGCAACGCCGAGUUGGUCCGCUUCCUUGUGGAGGAGGUUGGAGUCAGUGUCAAGGUCCGCGAUGACUGGAAUAAGACGGCGCUUCACGAGUUGUGUUGGAACAGCAUUCGCAACAACCCUGCUCAGUUCGAAGCCUUUCAGAGCUUCUUGGACCGAGCCCCCGAGCUUCUCUUUGCCAAAGAUAGGAGGGGUUUCUUUUGCCUCCAGUACUGCCCCAAGGAUUCUUGGGCGGACUGGUGUCGCUAUCUGGAGCAAAACAAGGAGUCAUUGCGAUGCGCAGCUGAGGUUGCCACCGCCUCUACCACUCGAAAACGCAGCCGCGAUCUUUAG